AUGAUGCACCGAGCGUUUCGCACGACGCUACAUACCUCGUUGGCAGCGUGCGCUGCUCUCGCUGCCUCGGCGACGUUAGCCUCGAGCGAAUGCGUGGCGAUCGGAAACAAGAACAUACCAAGUAUAAUGAAAGAAAACGAGGAUAACGGUAAAAAUAAUAGCACGAGAACAACAAAAUGGGAUCAGAACUGGGAUCGCAUGCAUUCGAGCGCGCAAACUACAUCGACGACAUCGACGCGAGUCAUUCAUUUAGUGAGACACGGACAAUUCAAUCAAAAAGGCAAAGACGAUACAAAACACACGUUGACCGAUUUAGGGAAGAAACAAGCCUCGUUAGCCGGUAAACGCCUUCGGGAUAUCAUUCCCAAAGGCACGACGCCUAAACGAAUAGUUUCCUCGACGAUGACUCGAGCAGAAGAAACCGCACAAAUCAUACGCGAUGAAUUCUUUAAAGAGAUUGAAACGAUAGAGAAAUCCGAUUUGUUACGAGAAGGCGGACCUAUUCGUCCUGAACCAGACACUUGGACGCCCUAUGGUGGACCAUCGGAAGCGGAGUACUUUCGAGAUGGCGCGCGCAUUGAAGCCGGCUUUCGGUGGCUCUUCCAUCGCCCGAAAACAAACGAGAAGAACGUUUCGAAAGACGUGAACAAGUCAACAGCACGAGAGAAAAAAAGCGAAACGAAAGAAAAGAACGAAGUAGAUGACGACAAAGGAGCGGCUUCGCUAAAAAAAGUGGUUAAUAAGCCCCCCGCCGCGCAAGAAGAAACAACGCACGAAAUCGUCGUGUGUCACGGGAACGUCAUUCGAUACUCUCUCCUUCGAUUGCUUCAGCUCCCCCCAGAAGCUUGGCUCCGGUUUAGUUUAUACAACGGGUCCAUAACGAGAGUUGAAAUUCGUAGCGACGGUUUGUGUAGCGUGAGAUGCGUCUCCGACGCUGGAUUUAUGCAUCCGGAGGAGAUUUCAUUCAAUUAA